AAAAACUCAAGGCAUCAGUCGUCAGAGCUCAGUCUGUUGAAGUGGCCGGCUAUUGAACCAUGCCCCAGCCCAAGCCCCAGGACAGCUGAGGUCCACAGGGAGGAGCACAUCUUUGAGGAAGUAGGGCCUUGGCAAAACCUUAUGUUGUGAUUUUCAGCUGCAGGACAGAAGGAGUGAGUGGAGGGGAGCACCUCAGAAGACUGGGACAGAGAGAGAGAUGAGUCCUGAGCACUGCAGCUCGGUGAAGACACAAUACAAUACACAGGUGAAACUAUAACUGCAGGAAACACACCCUCACUACUGGUAACAAAAAGGGAGGCCUGGGGGGACUUGGAGGGAGCACCAGUAGCUGUCCAUCUAUCCACCUAUCCAGCCAGCAGUGAUGCAGGGGCUGAUGUGGAGCCUGUGCGCUCUGCUCUGCCUCUCCCUCUGGGAGGAAAGUUACUGCAGGAGCUCCAGGGAGGCCCGGAGGACCAAAGAGCCAUCCCUCCACAGGAGUAAAAGAGCCCCCCUUGACCCUGAUGCCAAAAAGUGUUCCUACACCUUCCUUGUACCUGAGCAGAGAAUCACAGGUCCAAUCUGUGCCAGCAACACAGGCCCUGAGCCGGACAAGGACAGAGUGACCCGUAUGGACAUUGCAGAUGUGCGGGACGUUCUCAACAAACAGCGGCGUGAGAUUGAGACGCUGCAGCUGGUGGUGGAUGUGGAUGGUAACUUGGUGAAUGAGAUGAAGCUGCUGCGGAAAGAGAGCAGGAACAUGAACUCCAGGGUGACCCAACUCUAUAUGCAGCUGCUGCAUGAGAUCAUCAGGAAAAGAGACAACUCUCUGGAGCUGGCCCAGCUGGAGAACCGUGUCCUCAAUGUGACCUCUGAGAUGAUGCGACUGGCUUCAAGGUACAAGGAGCUGGAGGGCCGGUUUGCCACAAUGGCCGGGGUAGUCAACAACCAGUCCAUUCUUAUCUCUGCACUGGAGGAGCAGUGUCUGAGGACACUGGGGCGUAGUGAGCUUCCCGUAGUUCCCCCACUGGUACAGGUGGUACCGCAAAAUAUACCUGUUAACAAUCGCUUCACCAAUGAGAUACAGAGGGACAAUAACAACCGGGCAUUUCCCAGAGGAUCACGCAUGGACUCCCCUACUGCAAGCCCAUUUGGGAUUGACCCGCCACCACCACAGGGAACACUUACCUCUGAUGGUCCCUUCAGGGACUGUUACCAGGUGCGGCAGGCAGGCCACACCACCAGUGGGAUGUACCUGCUUAAGACAGACGGCAGUGAUCGGUUGAUCCAAGCCUGGUGUGAACAUGGCCUGGACAACGGAGGGUGGACAGUGUUGCAAAGGAGGAGAGAUGGCUCUGUUAACUUCUUUCGGAAUUGGGAGAACUACAAGAAAGGCUUUGGAAACAUAGACGGUGAACACUGGCUUGGGCUGGACCAUAUCUACAACCUGGGGAAACAGGGUGACUAUAAGCUGAUGAUAGAGCUGGAGGACUGGACAGGGAAGAAAGUGUACGCCGAGUACAGCAGCUUCCACCUGGAGUCAGAGAGUGAGGGUUAUCGGCUGAGGCUUGGCACCUACCAGGGCAACGCCGGGGACUCCUUCAGCAGUCACAAUGGCAAACAGUUUACCACGCUUGAUCGUGACAAGGAUGCCUUUUCUGGAAAUUGUGCCCACUUCCAUAAGGGGGGCUGGUGGUACAACGCUUGUGGCCAGACCAACUUGAAUGGUGUAUGGUACAGCGGGGGAGUUUACCGCAGCAAAUUUCAAGAUGGAAUCUUCUGGGCAGACUAUGGAGGAGGUUUCUACUCUCUCAAAUCAGUCCGCCUUAUGAUCCGACCGAUUGACUGAAACCUUGGACUGUGGUUCCCUUUAAAUGCACCCCCUUUUCCUUCCUUAUCUGUAUCCACCCACAAACAAAUACUGUAAAGGCAGAACCCGGAAUCCCUGCCGUCGUACAACAACGCCUUGUAAAA